AUGCCAGAUGAGGGAACAGAUCCUGUCGACUGGUCUGUCGACGAUGUGGUCCAGUUUCUUUGCCAUAAUCCACACACCCCAUGGUCGCAGUCCGUGUCAGGGGCCCCUCGGCCUGACCCUACCUCCUUUGAGGCUGCUCUCCGCGACAAUCUGAUCACUGGAGAAGUGCUUUUAAAUGAUGUCGAUAAGAGCGCACUGCGAGAUGAUCUAGGAUUGAGGGCCCUUGGACACCGGAGUUCCAUGCUCACGGCAAUACGGUACCUUCAAGGACGCUCUUUAAAAUAUCAGAUCUCUAAAAGUCGGCUUGAUUCUCCUAGAGAGUGUCACACUCCAAGUCAUUCAGCAUUUAUUACACCGAAAAUUUCUCAGAAAGUCAUCCCGUCGCUUUACCAUGAUCCUGUAUCUUUAGACGCAACUCCACAACGUACUAACUUACUCCCCAGUGUAUCUCCGGUGGUGAGUACAAACGCUGUUAAUUUGGCAGGCGUACCUAACUCAGGAGAACCUACGGCUCCUUCAAGUACUCCUCAAGAUGCUUCUCAUGUCACAAACUUGCAGACUCGUGUAGAAGAUUUGGACCCCGUUGAGCGUAUCCGCUCACAUGAGCAAAUUUUCGUCGAUACACAUGGGAAGAAACGGCGACGACUAGACCUCACUACUCUGACUAAAAGUCGAGUUGAUAACGAGCAUGCGUCCGAUCCGGUGCAAGCCAAGGAGUGGUAUAUGGGACCGGGACAAAUCACACCAUCCCAAUUGUUCUACUCUCCUGAUCUAGACCAAAAUGAUGAGUCCUUCACAAUGGUUGGAUCAAACUUUCCAACUGCACAGCGUCUGUUUGUGAACAGGUGUCUUCAUUAUUUCCAGAAACAAAGGCCCAUAACCCUGGACUCUACCCAAGAUCAAAUCCGAUCAGCCAUAGUACCAUAUAAUAUGUCCAUGGUGGAAAGUGGCGAAAAACGUUUCACAUUGUACACUGCGAAGAAUGGAAAGGUCUCUGUUAGCACAGAAAAUAUAGAAGACUGGCCGCAACUCACUCGGUCGCGAGUAGUCUCUGGAGAAGUGUCGGCAGAGAUGCUAACUCCUUCUGACCCUUUCUCUUAUCUUCUCCAGCGGUACCCAGUGCAAGAUGAAAGUCAGGAUACAUUUCCAUUGUAUGGAGACUCAGGAUCCGAGGGUGAGUUUGAUGAAGAGACUUGGCAAGAAAUUGAAGAUGAACACCCAGAAGGAUGGUCUGGGAAACCCUCUAAACUCACGCCCAGUGAAAUGGAAUCGGUCAUCAGAGAUUGUAUUUCCCAAUAUGAAAGCAAGUGGCAUGAUACCUGCUUGCCAAAGGAACAGCGAAAGGCACGCAAGCUCUGGUUGAAAGCUAAGAAGGGAAGGUUUACCAACCUAGAAAUUAAAGGGCUCGGUCAGAAGAUAACAUCUCUAAAUGAGCGUCUUAGGAAACUGCAGGACGCAGUCCGUGAGAGUGAGUAUGCAACGAGGACCGAGCUACAAGCUCAGUGUCAGAGCCUGGAGCAAACUGUGAUGGAUAUCCAACAACAUCGGUGGCGUGUUUCGACCCUUGAGCAAGGAACGUGUCCUCCCAAAAUAUCGGCCCCUGUCAUGCCUACACCCGCACAAAGACUGAAACGUAUCUCUGGGGAUGAAGAAUCACUUCACUCAGAGUCAGGCGAUUUGUCUGAUGUUUCUAUGGAUGAUUUCAUUGACAAUUCUGAUAUUGGGGACCAGCCCAUACACGUUGAAGAUGAAAGCAAAGCUCGAACCCCACCAACAUCGGAAAGUGACGAUGACAUUAUCAGCCCUUCUGGCAUUAGACGACAUACAAGGGGGAGAAAACUUCCUUUUCGGGAGUCUAGCUCUCCGUCUCCGUCUCCACCUCCUUUGCAAAAGAAUACCUUCCCCAUAGAAUGCAUUGACCUCACAGAAGACUCACCAGCGUUAGAUAAUGAGGAGUAUAGGGUUGAGACUCCGCCAUUAAAUCCGCUGCCACGCGCUAUCACGCAACCUGUCGAGGAUCCUAUCAAAUCGGGACGGAGUUGCUCAAUUUCCCCUGAGCCAUACAUUGGUCCCAGAGUGAUGGUCGAGAUUCCCGUUUACAAAACAACGCAACUGAACCAGUUCAAACCCAGGAAGCGGCCAAGUCUUCCUGAUGUACACGACAUGGACAAGUUUGUGUCGGUGCCUUGGGAUUUAAUUGAAGAGCGACAAGACCGCCGGAGACUAUUAGCAAAACUGAUUGCAACCCUUUCUAUUGAAGAGCGAAAUAAGUUGGCGCAGGCAGUUCCUCGAUAUUCUAGUUCAGAUUUGCAGCAACUCACAGGAACUGGUCUAAAGCUCUUGCUGAAGAAUCAAGAAAUGAUUCCAGAACUCGAGGCAGCUGAGAGCCGUGUAGUCAUGCGUGUUACUUCCUUUUAUAUCUCGUGGGUAAACUGUGUCCAUCUUGCGUCGGAAGGAAUUCAGAAGAGUCUCGUACUCAACGCUCAAUCUAAAAUCAGCAGCUUUGCCGCGUACUUCAACGAACUCUGCGCGCGCCUCACUGAUUACCGCAAGAAGAGGAACUCCAAGAUGCAUCGGCUCAAUGAAAAGGAAGAGACAGAUCAUACAGACACUCCCCACAAAAAGCGCAAGAGAGAGGUUAAGGAGAGUCAAAAUGCGAAAAAGAGUCAGCAGAGCGCACAGCUCCGUGUCGCGCUGCAGGAGAAGCAGAGAAAGAUCCUCGAAAGGAAAAUAGGCAGCACCAACACUGAUCCUACACGUCAGGCAGUCAGCUUCGGAAAUCCUGCAAUUUAUCUAGACCCUCAAAUUGGGUUGCGUGUUAAGCCCCACCAAUUGAAUGGCGUUCAAUUCAUGUGGCGAGAAUUGAUAGAAGAUGAGAACAAACAAGGUUGCCUGCUCGCUCACACAAUGGGCUUAGGGAAAACGAUGCAGGUUAUAUCGCUCCUUGCAACAAUAUCUGCAGCAGCAUCUUCCGAUGAUCCCAAGAUACACCAGCAGGUUCCUGCAGCUUUUCAUAGAUCUCAAUCGCUGAUUCUCUGCCCAUCGUCCUUAAUUGAAAAUUGGUUUGAGGAGUUUCUCAUGUGGGCUCCUGUCCAAUCGGGCAUCGGGCCCCUAAGGAAGAUAACAACUUCCUCCACAAUGCCAGAGAGGCUGCAGGAGAUGUGUGACUGGGAUGAGGAAGGCGGGGUGCUCAUCAUGAGCUAUGACCUAUUCCGAACAUGGAUCCUGAACAAGGAGACAAAUAAAAGGGGAAAGCCGCUAAAUGACAGUGAAUAUGAAAAAGUCAGAGAAUGCCUUCUCGAAGGACCCAAUAUUAUUGUUGCCGACGAGGCCCACAAAAUGAAAAACCCAGCCACUGGCAUCUCGCAAGCAGCCAUGCAGUUCCGCUCUAAAAGCCGCAUUGCCCUGACUGGAUCCCCUCUUGCAAACAAUCUUAUCGAUUACUAUGCCAUGAUCAACUGGAUUGCAGAGGGCUACCUCGGUGAAUUUGUGGAGUUUAAGGCAAAGUUCGUGGAGCCUAUCACGGAGGGACUUUACGUAGACAGUACGUACACCGAGAGGAGAAAGUCUUUGGUGAAGCUUCAAGUCCUCAAAGAAAUCCUUGCCCCAAAGAUCAAUCGUGCCGAUAUCUCUGUGCUUGCUGGUAGUUUGCCAACCAAAGUCGAGUUCGUCAUAACGGUUCCCUUGACGAACCUACAAAGACAAGCAUAUAAUUCAUAUGUCGAGACUAUAUUGCAAGGGAAAGGCGCUUUCGGCAGUGCACAACUAUGGUCCUGGCUUGCGAUUCUGAGUCUAUGUUGCAACCAUCCAUCAUGCUUUAGAGACAAACUACUAAGCCGAGCAAGCGAUGCGCAGAAAAUAAACAAGAGGCUAGGCGAGGAGAUGAUUCCCGGCGAUGAACCUAUCGCGCAAGCAGGCCUUCCAGAUUCGGAAAAGCUGGUUUCUGACCAAGAACAAAUCUUUGCCAGAGUCCCUGACAUAAAAGCCUUAGAAAUAUCUCAUCGGGCGCGGAUAAUGAACUCGAUAAUCGACGAGUCUAUCAAGGCUGGUGACAAGAUCUUAGUUUUCUCACACAGUAUCCCAACGCUCAAUUAUAUUGAGUACAUCCUUCAAUCAUCGAAUCGAAGAUACUCCCGGCUAGAUGGACGAACACCCGUUGUGACUCGACAAGAUGCGACAAAGAGAUUCAAUCGGGGCUCGGAGCAGCAAGUGUACCUAAUCUCAACACGCGCAGGAGGGCUUGGCUUGAAUAUUCCUGGAGCGAACCGGGUCAUCAUUUUCGACUUUAAAUUUAGUCCGGUAUGGGAAGAACAGGCUGUUGGACGCGCCUAUCGCCUGGGCCAGCAGAAACCAGUGUAUGUUUACCGUUUCAUUGCCGGUGGUACCUUUGAGGAGGUAAUGUAUAACAAGGCUGUCUUCAAGACCCAACUUGCUUUCCGUGUUGUCGAUAAGAAGAAUCCGGUUCGUUGGGCACAAAAGUCACUCGGCGAAUAUCUUUUCCCAGCAAAGCCGGUCCCUCAAAAAGACAUCGCCGAAUAUCUGGGGAGGGAUCCACAAGUCUUGGACAAGAUCAUCAUGGGCGAUAAUGGCGAGGAGAAGUCAAUCUGCAAUAUUGCCCUCACGGAAACAUUUCAGAAGGAAGAUAAUGACAAAUUGACUGAGGAAGAGAGACAAGGUGUCCAACAGCAAUUGAGUGACGAGCGCCUUAAGCGCACCGACCCAGAGGCAUACAGUCGGUUAGUACUGGAAAGGCAAAGGCAGGCUUUGUCCGUGGAUCAAGCUCCGCCUAGGGCCCCAUCGUCAUACGCGCAAACAACUCCCAUGCAGCCAGGUCCUAUGCAACCAGUCCUCAUGCUGCCUCAGACACCUUAUAUGCCGUCAAUGGUUCCGUCAAGCGCUCACAAUACUGGGCCUCCCGCUCUAGCACCAGACAUGAGCGUUUACGAAGAGCCUUCUAGGACACCUAUGCCCUCAACAUCCGCAGCCGCGAUAAGUUCAGCUUCAGGAAUCUAUGCGUCGCGCUAUGCUCAGAGCGAGCCACCUAACGAAAACACCGCACCUUACUCCCCUUUCAGGCUUUCACCUACCAGAAGCCUAGGACAAGCAGGUACUCAGAUACCUCCUCAAAUGGAUGGCGCCAGUUUCGAUACAAACGUCCAGCAAUAUGAUGUAACCGCAUAUACGGCCCAUACCGAGCUCUUGCAACCGACAACACCGUCAGACGAUACUUCCGAUGACCCUUGCCGCUACCAGUGA